UUGCUCGAAUUAGAUGCCUCUUUGAAAUCCCGACUACUGGAAGGUUGACAAACAGAAGAUGGUUCUCCUCUCCCCCUCGAUUUAUUAUCCUCGGCCUCCUCCUUGUUUACCAUCCAUGGAUUUCGUCGCUAAGUCUGCGUUAUUCCACCGACAAACUGCAAAUUUAUCUUUUUUCUUCAGCAAAGAUCGCCGUUGGGAAAGACCUCGUGUAAUUCCAGCACAAAUUGCGUCUCCAGUACCCCGCUUACCAUGUCUGGCCGCCAAGAUAUACGUGAACUACAGUGAUAUGAGCAAUUCUUUCACCAAGGAGGUUCAGACGACAGAACCAGUUGCUUCCGGAGCGGUUAAUGCCAUACUCUGGCUGCAUAGUUUCCGUGUUCUAGCGCUCAGCGCGCUCGCGGCCUGUGGUGUUCUUGCGAUAGCUUCUCAGAGGGCUGUUGCGGCGAAUUUGAGCGUGGCAGGUGCUGAUGUAGGGUUUUUGGGAUAUGUGCAAUUGGUGCUUAGAGGAGCAUGGCCGAAGGUUUUGCAGGUUCUUCAGGUUUUCAAGGACCAGGGAUUGAUUCUGGCUGCCUUGUUGGGUCUGUCUGCUUUCUUUUCAAUGGCGGAGACGUCCAUAACCACAUUGUGGCCGUGGAAGGUUCGUGAGCUGGCUGACAAAGAACCUGAAAAUGGUGUCUUCAGAAUGCUUAGUAGUGAUGUGACACGAUUCCUGACUACCAUUCUUAUUGGAACCACAGUUGUCAAUAUUGGUGCGACGGCCCUUGCCACUGAAGCAGCAACAACCAUAUUUGGUGAAGCUGGAGUUAGUGCUGCUACAGCAGUUAUGACUGUUGCUAUCUUGCUACUUACAGAAAUUACCCCAAAAAGUAUAGCUGUACACAAUGCUACUGAGGUUGCUAGGUUUGUUGUCAGGCCUGUUGCAUGGCUUUCUUUGGUCCUGUAUCCUGUUGGAAGAGUUGUUACUUUCCUAUCCAUGGGAAUGCUCAAGAUGCUAGGAUUGAAAGGCAGAAGUGAACCAUAUGUCACUGAGGAUGAAUUGAAGCUGAUGUUGAGGGGGGCAGAAUUGAGUGGUGCCAUAGAAGAGGAGGAACAGGACAUGAUUGAAAAUGUGCUGGAGAUAAAAGAGACGUAUGUCCGGGAAGUGAUGACUCCCCUUGUGGAUGUGGUUGCAAUAGAUGUUAGUGCUACUCUACUUGAUUUUAAAAACCUAUGGGAGAGCCAUCAAUACUCCAGGGUGCCUGUUUUUGAGGAGCGUAUCGAUAAUAUAGUUGGAAUUGCAUAUGCUAUGGAUAUGAUUGAAUAUGUUGAGAAGGUUGAGAAACUGAAAGAAUCUACUGUCAGAGAGAUUGCACACAUGCCGACCUACUUCGUACCUGAUUCGAUGUCAGUAUGGAAUCUUUUGAGAGAGUUCCGGAUAAGAAAAGUUCACAUGGCUGUAGUGCUAAAUGAAUACGGUGGAACCAUUGGAAUCGUGACUUUGGAGGAUGUUGUUGAAGAAAUUGUUGGUGAAAUUUUUGAUGAAAAUGAUUCUAAGGAGGAGAUCCAGAAGAAGACGGGUUAUAUUGUAAUGCAGGAGGAUGGAACAUUUGAUGUUGAUGCCAAUACAUCAAUUGAUCAGCUUUCUGAGGAAUUGAAUGUGAAAAUACCAGAGGGUCAUCAGUACGAGACAGUAUCUGGUUUCAUCUGCGAAUCAUUUGGAUAUAUACCAGAAGAAGGUCAAAAAACGUUCGUGGUGCUUGAAAAGGCAAACCAUGAAGAUAAUGACGAGUACAAUGAGUCAGAAUCUGAUCAACUGGAUGAGAAGGAAAGAUGUCAAACUUUUGAAAUUGAGAUUUUAGAGGCUAGUGAGAGAAAGGUUGGAAAGGUACAGUUUAAGCCAAUCAGAAACGGGAAUACAAAUUUGGAGGUCAAGGGCUUGAAUCGCUUGGUUUCCACCAAAGUUGUGAAAAGGAAGAAGCAGGGUAAUGGGGAACCAGAUAAGAUGUUCAGCUCUGAUGAAAUAGCAACAAGACCCGAGGACAAAUUCUCCCACCGAAUGGGGCUUGAAGAUUCUUCUUCCUGCAAACCAGGCUUUCAAUAGCGACGUUGCAUCUCUCCAUCGCUUCCUGUUCCUCUCUUAAAUACAGAAUAGCUGGAAUUGGGUGAAAAGAUUAUUGCUGGAAUGCAAAUUCAUGGUGGUCUUUAGUGCCCAGAAAGCUUUGCCUUCACUUAUUUGUGAAUGCACAUCAGGAGGUUGAGAUGACUAUCAUUGAUGAUAACAGUUCAGGGUGGAAGAACUACUUGAGCUGAUCACUAUCUUCCCUGCUCUUUCGUCUUCCUCAACCUCCUCUCUUUUAGGCUUCGUUUGGGACGGCUUUCUUACUGCUUCUUAAAGCAGCUUUUAAAUACAAAAAUUUUAAAACAGAAGCAGUAAGAAAGGUGUUCCAAACGAAACGUUAGUGUCUUCAGCUAUAUAAAUAGCUCUUCAGGAGUCAUUAUUAAGUGAUUGUGUUUGUUUUCUCUAUUUUCUCAUAGUUUUGCUUCUCAGAGGGAAGUUUUUGUGUAUCAUGGCUUAUGCUAUAGGGCUUUCUUCCUUUUGUUUUUCAGCCUGCUAAUAAUUGUUUUAAUACCUUUCUGAUGACAUUACAUAAUAAUUCUAUCUUUUAAUGACAUAUUUCACAU